AUGGCGACUUCUGAAGAGGACAAAAAGAAUGAGUGUGGGCCGGCUGUCAGCUACGUCAGACUGCUCUUCAAACUGCGGCCAGGGCUGUGGCUAGUGGGAAAACGCAACAGGAGAACUGUGAAACUCAUGCCCACACCCUGGAGGAGGCCAGUUCCUGGGAGCCCCCGCCUCCACCAUGACUCUGACCCCGUGCAGAAUUCACAGUUUAUGGCGUGUCCCUGUGGACAAGACCUUCCAGCUCUGCUGUCUCCAGCUCCCCAGAGUUGUCUGAUGGGAACUAGAGUAAACCUUCACCCGUCCCUCAGUGGGACUACCCCUUCUGAGGAUUCUGAACAUCACACCGGACAAAGCAAGCCAGGAGCUCGGUCUGUCCGUGGCCGUUGGGCAUCGAGGUGCCCAGGCAGCUGCGCACUUCACCUCACUCAAGGGCCCAGUCUCAUCUGGUGCCGUGGGAACCUGACAGCCUUUGGGCGGCCAACAAGCCUCUCUUUGCAAGGUCAAGAGAUGGCUCCUUCAGGCUCUCCAGGGACUGAUGACACGCUCAGACACAUCUCUGGCCGCCAAGACCUCCCUCUGGCUGUCACGGGCCAGGACACAUGCACAACAAACCUGACGUUGAUAUCCUCCGGAGCCCGAGCCGGUGACCAAGGCUGAGAGCGAGGAAGGUGCCCCUCAGGGGCCGGGAGACGCACAGGGAGCUAAAAAUACAGUUUGCACGCAGGCCUCUCCUUCCCUGAAGGCCCUCAGGGGCUUGUUGGAAAGGUUGGCAGGCACACAGGAUCUGCUUGUCCCAGUCAACAGGUGUGGCCUGGGGCACCAGCCCCCUUCCCUCUCCCCCUCUAUAGCUCCCCCACUCCCUGCUGACCCUUCACCCGGAUGAGCCAGGCCCUCUCCACAGGGCUUGCUCACUCCUCUGCUUCCUUGAGGGCAAUCCCCCCUUUGCCUUCCAGGCUCCAGUGCAGGUUUAGUCCCCUUACGUCUCUGCUUUGGGGUGCAGACGGUCUAGACCAGUAGAACCCCAUAAUUACUCUGUGAGUGCUCUGGGGCCAAGAUUAGAGACUUACGGGUGCA